AGACCACUCGGAUCAGGAAAAAUAGCACGCGCCGAAGCUGACACUGCUGGUAGCGAUCAUGGCAUCUGUGCGUAACUAUUAUCCUAGAAAUCCUUCACGACUGUCGUUCGUAGGAGGGGACACCGUUCUCCUCCAACAGCCCCGAGCUCUUCGAAAUCCCGCAAGAUCCCGUUGCUAACUUGAUUACUAGGUGGCGGAAUUUUGUGGAGGACGAUGACGAUGAAGAGGACGGCGAGUACGGAUAUCUGCGGAGGAAGAAGAAGAAGUCCCUCGCCUACACGCCCACGUUUGGCUCUCACUGGUUUCUUUACAAAGGCCGUAUCCUCAUUUUCCGCCGGACCCAGACCCAGCAGUCUCCGUUCAUGACUGCCAGCGAGCGCGAGGAGAUCUCCAUCUCGUGCUUUGGGAGGAACCCUUGGAUUCUGAAGGAACUUCUCCACGAGGCGAGAGAUGCGUACCUGAAGAAGGACGAGGCAAAGACGGCCAUCUAUCGCGGGACGACUAGGUCCGGCACAGCGGAGCCACACUGGCAACGGUGUAUGUCGCGGACUGUGCGACCCUUCUCGACGGUCAUCCUCAACGACGAGGCAAAGAAGACUCUGAUCGACGACGUGACCGACUAUCUCAACCCUGCCACGCGACGGUGGUACGCCAACCGCGGCAUUCCCUACCGCCGGGGGUACCUGCUCCACGGACCCCCUGGCACCGGCAAGUCCUCGCUCAGCCUGGCCCUCGCCGGCUUCUUCAAGAUGCGCAUCUACAUUGUCAGCCUCAGCUCGGUAACGGCCAACGAAGAGAACCUCGCAACCCUUUUCGCCGAACUCCCUCGCCGCUGCGUCGUGCUCCUGGAGGACAUCGACACGGCGGGCCUCACGCACACCCGAGAAGGCGGAGCACAGGACUCCGUCGCCGACGGUGCUGAUAACGGGGCCGACGCCAGCACGAACACGGCCGUGCCCAACGGGCACCCCCAGCCCCCCAACCAGAACGCCAACGGCCGCCUGUCGCUCUCGGGCCUUCUCAACAUCCUCGACGGCGUCGCCUCGCAAGAAGGGCGCGUGCUGAUCAUGACGACUAACCACAUCGAGAAGCUUGACAAGGCCCUGAUCCGCCCGGGACGCGUCGACAUGAUCGUUAAGUUCGACCGCGCCGACACGUCCAUGACGGCCCAGAUCUUCCGCGCCAUCUACGCUCCUCUCGAAGCCGACGAGAUGCCGUCUUCCCUCUCCUCCUCCUCUACUACUACUACUACUGCUGCUGCUGCUGCUGCUGCUACCACCAGCUCCGUCUCGCCCGGUCUCUGGUGGCUCGAACGGGGCACCAAAUCCACGGUCCCGCUCCUCACGCCGGAAGAGGAACAGAGGCGUGACGCGGCGGCGGCCGAAGUGGCGCGCAAGAAGGACGAGACGAUCGCGCGGGUGAACGAGCUGGCGGAGCAGUUCGCGGCCAAGAUCCCGGCUCACGAGUUCUCGCCGGCCGAGAUCCAGGGCUACCUGCUCAAGAACAAGAGGGACCCCGAGAAGGCCGUGGCGGGCGCCGAGGACUGGGUGGUGGCUACGCGGAAGGAGAAGAAGGAAAAGGAGCUGAAAGAGGCGGAGGAGAAGAGGGCCAAGGAGGAGAAGGAGAAGAAGGAGAGGGAGGAGAAGGAAGAGAAAGAGAAAGAAAAGAAGAAGAAGAAGAGGAAGGAUAAGGGGAGAAAGAAGUCGAGCAAGAAAACAAAGAAGAGCAAGAAAGAGACCGAGAGCGAGAGCGAGAGUUCGACUCUUGAGUCGUCGUCGUCGGCGGCGGAGAGCGACGCUUCCGAGUCGGAGCGCGAGGAGAAGGAGAGGUCGAAGAAGAAACGGAAGCCCGCCGCUUCGGCUCCGACUCCCGCAUCUCCCGCUGAAGGUGGCGCUAGCGACGCCUCUGCCCCUGUCGAGCUGAGGAGGGAGGAGGAGGAGGCUGGGUCCGAGGCCAAGGCGCAGCCGGGUGAUGUCAUCCCGACCAUCGCUGUUGACACGGUCAAGAGCAAAGAAGCUGCCGAACGUCCGCCGCAGACGCCAGGUGCCGAUUCAGGAUACGGCACGCCGUCAUGAGAGGAAGGUGGAGGGCUUUUUUUUUUUUUUUUUUU